AGAGAGGAGAGAAAGGAAGGAAAGAAGAAGAAGAAGUAAGAAAAGAGAGGGAUUCUCGUCAUGGGCACCACCUCAAGCCGAUUCAAUUCCGAUUUGCAAUGCUCGGAAUUUGAGUACUUGGGCUUGAGUAACUCUAAUCGGUUGGUUUAAGCUUUCUCAGGUCCUGAAUUAGUGGCCAUUAAAGCAAGAGCAUCAUUGUGGGGGCUUUUGGGAGCUGGACUUUAGGUGGUUUGAGGCUGCGUCCUUUAGGAGGAAGGACGGCCGUGUCACCCUCAUCCCUUUAGGAUUCAGGUUGUGACAAAUAUAGUCGAUUCAUCUUCGUUGUUGCGUUUUCCUUUCGUCUACUAUUUCCCUUCCGAUCCUUGUGCCCCUUGAAGUACGAAGUACCAAAAACUCAGCUCUGCCCAGUCUUCUUAUUGGGCAACCCGAAUAGAGGCAUUUCAUUCUUCGAUAUUGACAGAGAGAGCCCAGUUCGAAAGUUAUAGGAGAAGUAAAAAUGAAAUGUGAUCCAGUGUUUGGGCGUUCUUUCGCGGUGUUGGUCGGGUCGAUUCUUCUUUCUACGCUCGCACGCAAUUUUGUCAAAAGCAACAAGAACACACAUCGAAAAGGUGAUGAUAUUGACACGUCUAAUUCAUCUGCUGCUCCGGCGAGAAGUGAUAACUACGAUGUGUUCUUGAGCUUCAAUGGCAAGGAUACUCGCAAAACCUUCACGGAUCACCUCUACAACAGCCUAGUCGAUGCUGGAAUUCGUGUGUUCAAAGAUGACAAUGAGCUUCGCGAAGGUGAGAAGAUCAGCAACAACCUUCUCCAGGCCAUUAAGAACAGUAAGAUCUCAAUUCCGAUUCUCUCUCAAAAUUAUGCUUCAAGCAAAUGGUGCCUUCAAGAGCUUGCUGAGAUGAUAGAGUGCAUGAAAAGCAUUGGGCACUUUGUCUUGCCCAUAUUUUACCGAGUUGAACCGGGCCAUGUGCGACACCAGAUAGAAAGCUUUGGAAAGACUUUCUCCCAUUUAAAUAGGAAGUAUUUGGAAGAAGAUGUUGCGAAAUGGAAACAAGCACUCCAAGAAGUGGCUUCCCUAAAGGGAUGGGAAUCAGAGAAAACUGCUCUCGGCCACGAAGGAGCAUUGGUGAAAAUAGUGGUAAAAAAAAAUUUGAGCGAGUUAAAGAAGGCCUUUCAGUUGGUUGUUACUGAACAACUUAUUGGAAUCGAUAAUGCUGUGGAGGAUAUUUUGAGAGUGCUGGAUAAUAAACCCAAUGCCACCCAAAUUGUCAGUAUUCAUGGAAUGGGGGGGGGCAUUGGUAAGACAACUUUAGCUAAGGUCAUCUAUAACAAGCUCUUCGACAAAUUUCAACAUCGUAGUUUCAUUGCAGAUAUUCGAGAAUCCUCACAACGCAAGGGCAUUUCAUGUUUGCAGAAUCAAUUAAUAUUUGAUAUACAAAAAAUGAACAAUCAAGCAUCUAAUGUGGAUGAAGGAAUCGGGAUUAUGGAAUCUAGAUUUGAACAUAAGAAAGUCCUAAUUCUUCUAGAUGAUGUGGAUCAUAUCGAUCAAAUCAAAUCUUUGGUUGGCAAGCGUGAGUGGUUUAUGGUAGGAAGUAGGAUAAUCAUUACCACAAGAAUAAGGUCUGUCCUUGACAAAGCCGAGGUGACCAGCAGGUACGAACUCAAGGAAAUCGCCAAGGAUAAAUCUUUGAUCUUAUUUAGUAGGUAUGCCUUUCUAAGGGACUGUCCUCCGUGUGAAUUUGAGUCUCUUUCUUGUGCCAUCGUAUCCACUACUGGAGGGCUUCCCUUAGCCCUUGAGGUUAUAGGUUCGUCUUUGUUUGGGCGAAACCGAGCAUUUUGGCAAGACACAUUAAAGAAAUUAAAGGAAAAACCACAUAUGGAAGUGCAAGAGAAGCUGAGGAUAAGUUACGAUGCAUUAAACUACGAGGAAAAGCAAAUAUUUUUGGAUAUUGCUUGUUUCUUCAUUGGAUAUGAUUUAAGAUAUGUAUCUUACAUGUGGGAUGCAUAUAACCUUCUUCCAAUGAUGGGGAUUGAAAGAUUGAUUUUUAUGUCGCUAAUAAAAAUUGGAGAUGAUGGAGAGUUGAAAAUGCAUGGCCAACUGAGAGACCUUGGUAGGGAAAUUGUUCGUCAAGAAGAUUACGGUGUGCCUAUGAAUCGAAGUAGGUUGUGGGUGCAUGAGGAAGCCUUGGAAGUAUUUCAGAGAAAUAAGGGAAUUGAAAAAGUUCGUGUUCAGGCCAUCAGUGACAGAUCGCAGAGGGAAUUCACAACCAAGCAAUUUGAGACACUACCGAACUUAAGGUUCCUUGAAGUUGGUGAUGCAAAACUGAUCGGAGAUUCCAAGGACUUGCUUCCUAAGUUACGAUGCCUUGAGUGGAUGGGACGUCUUGCAUUUGUGCCCACUAGUUUUCAUCUAGAGAAAUUAGUCAUACUUAACUUAUCAGAAAGUGACGUUUCAGAACUUUGGGAAGGUUGGAGUCAUCUCAAGGUGGCAAAGCAGUUAAAAGUUCUAUUUCUUGAAUCUUGCCAUUGUUUAAAUGUAACUCUUGAUCCCUCAGCCUUUCGAAAUUUGGAGGUGUUAGUCCUCCGUGAAUGUAGUAAUCUGAAGCGAAUUCACCCUUCUAUUGGGGAAGCCAAGGGUCUCAUUUUUUUGAACUUGGAAGGAUGUGAGAAACUCCAAGAGAUACCCCAAGAAAUGGGCAAAUUGAAAGAAUUGAAGGAACUUUACAUAGGCAGGGACUGCUAUAGAGGAAAUUCCUCCAUGCAUCGGUUUUUUGGAGAAGUUGGAGGUGCUUGAUGUCAGUAGUUGCGGAUCAUUGGUUGCAAUUCCUGACUCAAUUAGCAAUUUGGUAAAUUUGUCGACCCUUUGCUUGAAUGAUUGCUUCAAGUUAUGUAGACUUCCAGAUAGCAUCAGAUCCCUUCUAAAAUUGCAGUGCCUAUCAUUAAGCGGAGUGGGGGUUUCACAAGAUUCACAAUUUGAUUGUGCUCUCUAUCAUAUUCCCAACUCAAUUGGAAAGUUGGAGUGUCUAAUUGAAUUAUUAUUGUCACGAUCAGGCAUUUGUGAAUUACCCGAAUCCAUCGGAGAUUUAAAAAACUUGAAAAUUUUGAAUAUUUAUAAUAGUAAGAAACUGAGUAAUUUACCUAGUACUAUUAACAAGUUGGCCAACCUUGAAGAAUUAAAUGCCACAGGAUGUGAGAGUCUAGGAGGGGAAAUUCAUGUAGAUGGGUUGUCUUCACUAAAAAUCCUUCAAUUAAGUCAUACACGCAUUUCCGGCUUCCCUGACGCAUUCGAUAAACUUUCUCAUCUUGAGAAGCUUGAUUUAUAUGACUGCAAGAUGCUUCAAUCAUUGCCACAAAGCAUCAGUAAGUUGCCUUCUCUACAACACCUUGAGUUAAGAAAUUGUGACAGUCUCCAGUCAUUGCCAAAGCUUCCUGCCUGUUUAACAGUUUUGGGAGUCACUUGUCAGCAUCACAAAUUGCCUCAACUUUCCCAUCUAAUCCUCCUAAAAGAGCUCAUUGUUUUGGAUUGCCCAUUGCUGGAAUCCAUGCCGGAGCUUCCCUCAGGAUUACUGAAGCUUUAUGUCCAUGAUUGUGAUGAGUUGAAGGAGUUACGAAGUUUGUCAAAUUUGAAAUUCUUGUCAAAGUUAGACCUCUAUUCGUGCAUCAAGCUGAGAGAAAUCAAGGGUCUGGAAGCAUUAAAAUCUUUAGCAAAACUUAAGUUAUCUGAAUGCUGGAAGUUGUCCAACCUUGAUGGCCUUGAACAUCUAUUGAAAAACUUGAAAAAAUUGGACAUCAAAGGGUGCAGAUCCAUUGAAAGAUUACCAGACCUCUCGUGCUUUGAUAACCUGACAUAUCUAGACAUUAGAGGGUGCUUGAAGCUUCGUGAUGUUAGGGGACCGGAGAGUCGCAAAUGCGUUCAAAUGAGGGAUUCAACUCCAGGCCGGGGCAAAUUGUCCACAUUCAUCGAAUCUCGAGAUUUAAUGAAAUGAUGGGGGUGAAUCCUGCACGAAAUUGAGGAGAGAGCUCCGGGAAUCAAGGCGUCUAGACUCUAAAAGACGUUGAGCGAUGCAACUUAUCGAAUUUCAUAUCUUCAUUGCACGACUGCUGCAUGGAGAAUUCGUUCAUGAAAAGAAUGCCCCGAAGAGUAGAGCACUUGGCCACAUCGUUCGGAACGAUUCACGAUUCCUUUGAAAGAGUAAUGUUUUCCUUCUCUUACAUGAUUCAAGCAACGGAAAAGCUGAUGGAGAAGUAUGUCUGGAUGCUUCGGAGAAAUCAUUCUCUUGAUAAUGCCAACAGUCAUCGGAAUGCCUUCUAAGUACAUCAGAUGUCAUAGCCAUCAAGUAAGAUUGCUCAUCUUGGAUAAGCUCUUAAUGGCUGUAACAAGCAAAUCUAAGUGAUGGUUUUCUGGAGCUAUUGACUUGGAAGAAUGAUUUGCUUCUUCCCUUGACAUCUAUUUGGUUAUGUUUAUUUGCCUAUACAUAUACUUUCGAUUUCAUUUUAUUCGUGGGGAUGCUCAAAGGGAUGAACAAUUGCUUCAAAUAAGUUAUAUGUACUCUUCGGGAAAACCCUCUAACUUUUGUUAUCUCAGUUCCUUAACAAUUA